AUGGCAUCGUCUUCUUCUGCUGGCAUCAGCUGGGAUCUCUAUCCCAAAUCUGGUAGGAUCCAACCUCACGAGCCUCUUGAGGGCUACACCUCGGGUGGCUUUCAUCCAGUCACCCUGGGCGACGCUCUUUGCAACGGACGAUAUGUCAUCCGUCACAAACUCGGCUUUGGACAGCAGUCCACCGUCUGGCUGGCUUGGGACAACGAGCAUGCCAACAACAGCAACGCACGCCCUUGGGUGGCUGUGAAAAUCAAGAAGGCCACUGCCUCCGCCGACAGCCUCUUCCACGACGGCGAAGUGGGCGUUCUCGGCAUCCUGGAGCGUCACUACCGCGGCACCAACCAGCAGGGCCCGCGCACUUUCCUCCUGCUUCUCGACGCCUUCCGCCAUGCCGGUCCCAAUGGAAUACAUAAUUGUAUUGUGACGGAAGUGCUCGGCCACACCUUGGAGGAUCUCUUCAGCAGCUACCCCGCCGACGGUGACUUGCUGCCCCCCGACUUGGUGCUUCGUUACUCCCAGCAACUUUUGCAGGGGCUUGACAUGGUGCACCGCCUUGGCAUUGCCCACGGUGACAUUUGUCCCGCCAACAUUGCCUUGACUUGCGACCAAGCCCAGAAAAACCCCGACACCUUCCUUGCCACAGUCGGUGCCAACCCACGCACCGUCGCCUACGAGAGUGAUGCUCCCCGUCCCGCCAGCCUCCCCAAGCAGCUCAUCGCAUGCGCCGUCUGGGACGCCUGGUAUGUGGACCGCGAGACGGAUGUCCGCAUCUUGGACUGGGGCUCCGCGUUCCACAUGGCCGAAAAUGUGACGCGCCCGGCCCAGCCCGCCAGACUCCGCCCGCCAGAGACCUUUUUCGAGCAUCACGUCAACUUCACCCAUGAUCUGUGGAUGGCUGGUAGCGUGAUCUACUCCAUGGUUUUCCAGGCAGCACCGAUUGCCAGCGUCACAGCACCUGACCACGCCAUUGUUUAUGAGCUUGUCGCCAAGUUUGGCCCCUUGCCAGCGGCCUAG